AUGAUUGGCAGAAAUGAGACGCCAUCGAAGAAAGCCAGAUUUUGGCAAUCUUUUGUCAGAUCUCUAAAAGGAUCGGAAGACAUCAGAGCCGAGGAAAGAUACAGGCCUUCGCGCCGUAGCGUAUUCCCGGAACUUCUAUCAUCCAGCUACCCUUACAGCAAAUCCAUCUACGAUGACCCCAUAGGCGCCGCUGAGAGGAUAUCCGUCCCCGGAUACCGCUACCUGCCCGUCCACCGUGAAACCUACGGCUACUCCCCUCGUGCCAUCUACGCUCACAACUAUCCACGCUCCAUCGAACAGUACAGGCCAAUUUACCAUGUACCGAGGCGUAUCCGAAGGGGAGUUGACCCGUUCGACGCUCACAAGGCGUGGCAAGACCAUCUCGACAGACUGGCCGCCAUCGACCGCUUGUAUCCCUCUCGCUACGGUCUCUACCUAAAGGACCGAGCCUACCCCAUCACCGACUUGAGCGCUCCCAUCGUCGACCCUCUUUCAUCUAAGAGCCUUAAAGGCAUCGAAUAUGAACCCGACAACAAACCUCACUGGGGAUCAGGAGCGUGGCCGUCGAAGAUAUCAGACGUAUUCAAUAAGGAUCCAUUUUUUGCUGAUGCUGUAAAAUGGGCUGGUUUUGACCGAUCGCUCCGAGGGAAGUCCCCUACACCCGUGAAGCCAAGGAUAAGUCCCCCCCGGGAUUGUGAGGUCGCAUUCGAUUCCGACGGUGCACCACUGUACAACGCGGGAGGACUCCGGCGCAGGCCUUGGGCCGAUAUUUUCAACCCGAGCCCGUCCUUGCCUAUCUCGGCGAUCACUCGGGACCCCUUCUGGUACGACUGGCCGGAGCUGAAACCUAUGGCUCGAUGGGACCGCAGCCCUUCCUACAUCCGUGACUCGUACCUCUCGCCCGUCAAACGCACCUUUCUCUGGGACAAGCAUCCGAUCAGGCCCUUAGAUCUAAUGGUCCUCGACAGGUUCACUGUGGAUGAUUUAAGCAAGACUUUACCCUUCAUUCAUAGUCUG